GGUAAGUUAGGCUAGGGUAGAGGAGCAAGAGGGAUAGGAGGAGGUUAGGGUGUGGUGUGGGGAUGGGUGUGGUGGAUGGUUUAGUGGGAAGGGGAGAGGGAUUGGUAAGUGAGGUUUAUGGGGAGGUGGAGUGGAGAGUAGGGGGAUUUUUGGUUCAGAGGGGCGAAGAGAUGGUUGGAGUCUUUGAUUAAGAUAGAAUGGAAUUUAUUUGCUAGAUGCUUUAGUAAUUUUCUAUUUUCAGUAUUUUUAUUAAGAUAUGAGUCUUGGAUCAAUAGCAGUAUUUAUGCCAAAUUUGAUACUCAAUUUGAAGUAUCUUAUAUAAACCCAACACCAAAACUCCAUAAAACCUCUAUCUCAACCCCUUCUCCCUCUCUUCCCUACCCCUUAUCUCCCUCAUUCCCCAAAAUACCCCUCAUCAGACCCUCCUCGAGCCACUUUCCCACUUAAAACCCCUACACCUCUAACCCUUUCCCUUAAAAUCCUCUUCCAGUCAUUCUUAAUCUCUAAAUACUUGUUUAAUCCUUCCCAAGCUGUGUUUCAGUUGAAGCCUGCUGCUCACAGGCCAGCAUCAGCUGAGGGGCUGUAGAGAAAGAUCUGGGGUUGGCUGAGAAGGGAGUUUGUGGAUGGAGAAAGGGAGUUUGUGGAUGGAGAAAGGGAGUUUUUGAGGGUGAUUUUUUGUUUAUGGAUUUCGGAUUUUGAGAAAAAGAGGUCUAAUUUGUUUCCAAAAAGGGUAAUAUUAGUAUUUUAGAGCUGAGAUUUGGCUUAAAUAGAGGUAAAAAGGGAAGUAAGAAAGAAGGAGAAAGGAAGACAAAGGUACAUGGAGAGGGUAAUGGAGAGCAUAAUAAAGAGCAGGAUUUAGAUACGAAUGGUACCUAAGUUUGGGAAAAACGAAACCAGAUUAGGUCUGCCAGUUUCCUCAAACAAGCCCGAAAACACAGGCUUCCUCUAUACUGGUAUCAAUCAAUCCUCAAGCAUCGAACAAGAAGUGAAUAGCGAAGCUGAAGGCGAAACCCAAGCUGAAGGCGAAACCGAAGCAGAAGGCGAGAGUGAAGAAACAGAUAGUGAAGAAGUCACUCAAGAAAAAUAGUGAAGAAGAGACUGACCAGGAAGAACAAGAAGAUGAAGAAGACGUAAAAGAAGACAUAGAAGAAGACAAAGAAGAAGAUCAGGAAGAAGAUAUGGCUGAAGAUCAGGAUGGACAAGUGGAUGAAGAAAGAGAUAGCCUGAUAGAUAUCUGGGAUCCUGAGUUAAAGGAUAUGAACGAGGAUGACAAAAGGUAGAGUUUUAGAGAUGGGAUUAGUAAAUUUUAGGGUUUUGGCUCAAAAUUUA